CAUCUGCACCCCGCAGCAUCGAGGCCAAGAUCAACGGCUCGGUGGCCGUGUUGGAGUGGAGCGAACCCUUGGAAAACGGUGGCCGAGAUGACGUGGCUUAGCGUCACUUUGCCGGAGUGCCUGGAGAGGCAGUCCCUGCAGCCUCUGCACCACGCCUGGUUUAAGCGCCCCAGGGCCAGGGGCUCAUUAGUUGGACGCCGCGGUCACCAUAGGGGAGCUCCAGCCGUACAUCAGUACUCGCUUCCAGAUCCAGGCCGUCCAGCGGCGUUUCCGGCAUGAGCCACAACCCACCCCAAGUCGAAUCCAUCAAUAUCACCACCAAUAAAGAUGUCCCCCAGCCCGUUUCUGAGAUCCAGCCGACAGCCGUCUCGCCCACCGGGAUGACCCUGGCUUGGCCCUCCGUCCCGCCCCCAACGGGAAAUAUCUUGGAUUAUGAAGUCAAGUAUUACGAGAAGGGUGUCGGAGGCCCCAUGUUCGUGAAGACCCCUGAAAACCGAGUGACUUUGACCGGCUUGCAUCGGGGGGCUGUGUAUGGAGUUCAAGUCCGUGCCCGCUCCGAGGCUGGUUAUGGUGGCUUUGGACCUGAGAGAGCCUUCCAGACUCAAGGGGGUGAGUCGGAGAGCAGCACAGAACAGCUGGCCCUCAUCGCUGGCACCGUGGCCUUGGGAGUCCUGCUGGUCCUCGCCGUGGUCGUGGUGGCCGUCGUCUGCCUCCGGCGCCAGGGUUCCACGGGGUCACGGGAGCCCGAAUACUCGGACAAGCCCGGGCAAUACCUGAUUGGACACGGCACCAAGGUCUACAUCGACCCUUUCACCUACGAGGACCCCAACGAAGCUGUGCGUGAAUUCGCCAAAGAAAUCGAUGUCUCUUACGUCAAAAUUGAGGAGGUCAUUGGGGCAGGCGAGUUCGGAGAGGUCUGCCGCGGCCUCCUGAAAGUGCCCGGGAAGAAGGAGAUCUAUGUGGCCAUCAAGACGCUCAAAGGGGGCUACACGGAGAAGCAGCGGCGCGAAUUCCUCAGCGAGGCCAGCAUCAUGGGCCAGUUUGAGCAUCCCAACAUCAUCCGCCUGGACGGCGUCAUCACCAGCAGCGUCCCGGUCAUGAUCAUCACCGAGUUCAUGGAGAACGGGGCCCUGGACUCUUUCCUCCGGUCGAACGACGGCCAGUUCACGCCCAUCCAGCUGGUGGGCAUGCUGCGGGGGAUCGCCUCCGGGAUGCGCUACCUCUCCGACAUGAGCUACGUGCAUCGGGAUUUGGCCGCCCGGAACAUCCUAGUCAACAGCAACCUGGUCUGCAAAGUGUCUGACUUUGGCCUCUCCCGGUUCCUGGAGGAGAACUCGUCUGACCCCACCUACACUAGCACUUUGGGCGGGAAGAUCCCCAUCCGGUGGACGGCCCCCGAAGCCAUCGCCUUCCGCAAGUUCACCUCGGCCAGCGACGUCUGGAGUUACGGCAUCGUGAUGUGGGAAGUGAUGUCGUUUGGGGAGAGGCCGUACUGGGACAUGUCCAAUCAGGACGUAAUCAACGCCAUCGAGCAGGACUACCGGCUGCCGCCCCCCACCGACUGCCCCACCUCCCUGCACCAGCUAAUGCUGGAUUGCUGGCAGAAGGACCGGAAUUCCCGGCCCCGCUUUGCGCAGAUCGUCAACUCCUUGGACAAGCUGAUCCGGAACCCGGCCAGCCUCAAGAUCGUCUCGCGGGGCAACGGCGGGCCGUCUCACCCGCUUCUGGACCAGCGCCUGCCCCACUACUCGUCCUUCGGCUCCGUGGGCGACUGGCUCCGGGCCAUCAAAAUGGGCCGCUACGAGGAGAACUUUGCGACGGCCGGCUUCACCUCCUUUGAACUGGUCAGCCAGCUCUCGACCGAAGAUCUGCUCCGAGUCGGGGUGACACUGGCCGGCCACCAGAAGAAGAUUCUGUCCAGCAUCCAGAACAUGCACGUCCAGAGCAAACCCGGUCCAUCCGUGGGGACCAAAACGGGACAUUACUGACCUGGGUCAAAAAUCCGGUCUGAUCAGGCGCUCUGGGUCCCUCCAGCGAACAGGAUUCCGGCAGUGAGGCUGGGGUCCCUGAUUUGGGGGGCCAGCUGUCUCCAGCCCCACCCUUCUCUCCCUUUGCCUUUGGAACAGGAGGGUCACUGAGCAAUCGACCCCUUCCUCCUUUGCAGCAAAUUCUCUCUCCAUUUCUUUACCUUUAAAAAACCCCUGCACUCUGGGGCUGUGAAGAUGGUCAAGUCUUUUCUCCUCCCCCAGUCAAGUUAUGAAUUGGUCACAUCUGGAUUGGGGGGGAUCCAUGGAGGCGGCAGCUGGUUCCCCCGUCCCUUCCGCCCCCGGCCGGGUCUCCCUCGUGGCCAAUGAAACUCCCCAGCCCUCAGUGCCUUGAUCUAAUUAUCCUCCGUUCCGACUCUUCAGAAUGGUCAGGGGGGGAUUCCAAAGGUGCCCCCAUAUCGAUCCUAAUUUCCCAGAAUGCACUUGUGUGAAAAGCGGCACUCCUCUCCGAAGCGGCGGCUCCUCCCGCGAGCUGCCAAGAUGGCCACCUUGAGGAUGGCGUCCCAAGCGGGCGCCUGCGCCGAGACGCCCCUGAGGGGUGAAGUUCUUUGCGAGGUGUCCAAAAUGGAGAAUCUUGACUUGCUGUUCUGUUCUGACCCGUUCUGUCUGGUUCUCAACUCUUUCUUGCCUUGCUGUCAUGGAGGAUCCCUGUUGGGGAAAUCACCAGAGGCCUUCAAAACCCGUGGGCGAUGGGAGCACCGUUGCCUGUGAUCUUCAGGCUUCCCAAAAUGGGGGAGUCUUACUUGAAACCAAAUUGGCUCCUUCAUCAGCCUGAGAAAGGAAAUGUGAGGGGAGGUGUGACAUACAGUGCCCCCCCUUCCAUGGCCUGAAUGCCAAAGAAUGGUUCGUAUUGGCAGUGUUGCCUGUAUGAAAGUGGUACUUUUCGGCGAUGUCAUAUCUAUGCCGCGCUGUGUGACGACAUCAUCAGGAGCAAGGAUGACAUCAUCGCCUCUGCGUCAUGAUGUGGAAACGAGAAACUUCCGUUGGGAAACUCGCCGCAGGUGGAACGAACCCUUGUGGUGAUGCGACCAUUUGACAAUCAGAAAACUCUGCACUGUCCGACGGGUGUCAUGGUGGUGACAUCACAGGAGAACAAAAGCGAAGCUCUGAAUUCUGGAGGAUCUAACAGUGGUCAUGCGAGACGAAGGGGAGCUUGGAGACUUCCAAGAACGCGGGCCCCGGACUGUGAUAUCCGCACGGGGCAGCUGCGAACCUGGUGGUGGUGAAGCCGCUCCGUGUGACUGUGGAAUGCCGAAAGCCGGGGAAGGGCUUGCCGGUUGCGCUCUUGACGACAUCGAUAUAAUGUGCCUCUGGACCAAGCUUGGGCGCUGGCGGAUGAUGUCACGAGAGCCAGCCUGUGAGAUCAUAGCCAAGCGCUCUUCUUUUUGUAUCCGUUCUUUAAACCUUCAUAUUGAAGGUGGUGGUGAUGCUGAUUUUUAUUAAAAAAUUGUAUCUUGUAAACCAAAA